AUGGUGAUAUGAAUGAUGUACUCUUUCACCCCUCCGCCAUAGACCUUGAUCACUCAUUCAUACACUUCGGUGCUGCAGGGUGUGUGUGUGUGUGUGUGGGUAGCAAGCAAUUGCAGCUCAUGGUUUAUGGAAUGAGAUGAUAAUGCAACAGUAGUUUGUCCAUAUCUAGCCACACCCCCAUACACACACACUCACAUUGAUGUAAACAUGUGGAGCAGUUCCUCUUCCUCAGUUUCUCUGCGUGUGUGUGUUAGAAGUCAGGAUGAAAGCUGUGGUGCAGGUGUGUGGGCUGUGUGCAGGGUUUUUUGGGUGCGUGAGCGCGGCCGUGUCGCUGCAGGUCUGGUCCUGGAAAAGGACGAGUGAUGACGGCAGUGUCAUUCUCACCUCUGAUCUGUUUGAGAACCUGUGGAUGUCCUGCGCUGAGGAUUCAACCGGCUCCUACAGCUGCUGGUAUUUUCCAUCCUUAUUCGCCUUACCAGGUUACAUCCAGGUGUGUCGCGCACUCAUAAUCGCCUCCAUCGUGUUGGGGACGUUUGGUCUGAUCUUCACGCUGAUCGGCAUGGAGUGUUCCAAAAUCGGGGGAGAGAACUACCUAGUGAAGGGACGACUCGCCGUCCUCGGAGGAGUGUUCUUCAUCCUGGAGGGUGUGUGUACAAUGAUCGCCGUGUCGUGGUACGCAUCCAACAUUAUACAGGAGUUCUACAAUCCGCUUUAUGAUGGAAUCAAGUUUGAGCUAGGAGAGGGGCUGUAUAUCGGCUGGUGUUCAGCGACGCUCGCGCUGAUCGGUGGCUGCUGUUUACUGUGUGUGUGCGGAAAGGACAGCAACAGUGAUAAAGUCAGAGUGACAGCACACUCUCCCUCGGCUCUGUCCCGAAUCUCUCGCAAGCCCUCCAUGCAGCACAGACUCAGCUCAUACAUCUAAGGGCCAUCAUCAUCACCAUCAUUGUCAUUACAACUGUGAACUGCACCGAGAAGUUCUUUGAAGAGAAAAGUUGUGUGAAUUGGGACAGAGCCGCUGUGCCUCUGCCCUGUACAACACUGUGAACUGUGGGCCAUGUGACUGACUGACUAAGAACAGUUUGGACGGAGUUUGGGGAAGAGGUUACUGUUCACCUGGAAAACACACACAUGCACAUACAUACACCAUGAAAGAAGCAUUUAAAUGAGACACUAUGGCGAU